AUGAUAGAAAAAAUCUAAAUGUUUGGAGACACUCCACUUUGCCGUUUUGGUCAUACAAUGACCUACAUGAACCAGAAAACAAUAAUUUUAUUUGGAGGAGCAACAGGGGAUACAGGAAAAUAUAAUAUAACAGGUGAUGUUUAUUAAUGCGAUAUAAUACUCAAAUAAUGGAAACGUAUAAAUCCUUAGGGAGUUCCUCCAUAAAAUCGAGCCGCGCACGCAGCUGCGGCAAUAGAUAAUAAUAAUAAAAUGGUGAUAUUUGGGGGUGCAAUUGGCGGUGGAGGAAUGGCAGAUGAUAAUUUAUAUUUAUUAGAUUUAUCUUAAGGGUAGGAUAAAGAAUAAUGGAUAACAAUUCCUGUAUAUGGAAGUACUCCUGGUAGAAGAUACGGACAUACAAUGAUUUUUGUAAAACCUUUUAUUGUAGUAUAUGGGGGAAAUACCGGAACAGAAUCUGUAAGUGAUGCUUGGGUUUUAAAUAUUGAAAAAGCGCCCUAUAGUUGGCAAAAAUUAGAUUGUUAAGGGGAUAGUCCUGUUGUACGAGUUUAUCAUUCAGCUGCUUUAUGUAGUUCAGGAGCAGCGAAUGGCAUGAUGGUAGUUUUUGGGGGAAGAACAUAAGAUUAAUCUGCUUUGAAUGAUAGUUGGGGUUUAAGAAAACAUAGGGAUGGGAGAUGGGAUUGGGUAAAAGCUCCUUAUAAGAUAAAUUCUGAAUUACCUAUACAUAGAUAUUAAGUUAUUAGAUUAGCUUAAGAAGCAGUCGUGGGAGUUGCUUAUGAUCCUAAUAGUGAGACGGAUAAUUUAACAAAGAAAGUUUCUAUUUAAAAAUUAUAAAAAUAAGGAAUUAAAUUAAAUGCUAAUUCAAGAUACGGAACUGAUAUUUAGGGAAUUGCAAGUAAAAAAUUAUAUUACGAAUCAAUUUAUUAAAUAUUUUUGGAUAAUUUACUUUUACCAAAUUAAUAUGAGAAUUCUACUCAAAAAGAUUAUCUUUCUUAUAUAAAAAAAGAGAAUAUAAUAAAACUAUGCGAUGAAGUAUAAAAAAUAUUCGAAAAAGAACCUAUGGUAUUACGUUUGAGAUGUCCAAUUAAAAUUUUUGGCAACUUAAAUGGAUAAUACGAAGAUUUAAUGAGAUUUUUUAAUCAUUUCGGAUCACCUUGUGAUAAUUAAUAGAAUGAUGAAGAUAUUGAUUUUAAUGAUUAUUUAUUUUUGGGAAAUUAUUUGGGAAGAGGUACGAUGUAAAUAGAGACAAUUUUAUUAUUAUUUGCUUUAAAAUUAAAAUAUUUUGAUUAAAUAUUUAUGUUAAGGGGAAAUAUGGAAGAUAAGAAAAUUAAUAAAGCAACUGGAUUUGCAGAUGAAUGUGCAUUGAAAUUUUAAGAAGAUUAGAAUGAUCCAUAUUCGGUAUUUUAAAGAAUUAAUAAAGUGUUCGAAUAUAUGCCUAUAGCAUGUGUUUUAGAAGAUUCGAUUUUCUGUGUACAUAGUGGAAUAGGUAGUACAUUGAGAAUUAUUGAUGAAAUAGAAGGGAUACCACGUCCUUUUGAAAUUAUUUAGGACCCAAAGACUUAUUAGCAUAAAAUUGCUUUGGAAUUAUUAUGGAGUGACCCUAAUUUAGAUGAGAAUGUGGUAGAAAAUAUUCCGAAUAAUGAACAUGAUAUUUUUAAUACAAAAAAUGUUAUAAGAUUUGGAUAAGGGAGAAUUCGAAAAUUCAUGUAGGAUAAUGGAGUCUGUAUGAUUAUUAGAAGCAAUGAACCAGUUAUGAAAGGGAUUUAAAAAAGUAAUAAUAAUGUAAUUACGCUUUUUUCAAAUACUAAUUAUGCGGGUAAAUUUUAAAAUAAUGCGGCUAUAUUGUAAAUUGGAAAACAAAGAAAAAUUUAACCUAAAUUAAUUUAGUGUAAUAUUAAUUUUAAUAGUAGCUAAGCGUGGUUUGAUCUGGAGUUAAUGCUUGAGUAAAAAAAUUAAAUGAAAUAUAAUUUGGUUGAUUAGGAAGAAGUUAUUAUUAGAAAAAAACAGGCUACUCCACCUAGAGAUAUUAAUUAGUGA